UGGCCGGCGCGGAGGGGCCCCCGGGGCAUUGUGGGCCGCCGCGCUCCGCCGCCGCUUCGCCAUGUCGGGCUCCCCGGUAAAGCGGCAGAGGAUGGAGAGCGCGCUGGAGCAGCUCAAGCAGUUCACCACCGUGGUGGCCGACACGGGCGACUUCCACGCCAUCGAUGAGUACAAGCCCCAGGACGCCACCACCAACCCCUCCCUGAUCCUGGCCGCGGCACAGAUGCCCGCCUACGAGGGGCUGCUGGACGAGGCCAUCGCCUACGGCAAGAAGCUGGGCGGGUCACAGGAGGAACAGAUUAAAAAUGCUAUGGAUAAGCUUUUUGUGUUGUUUGGAGCAGAAAUAUUGAAGAAGGUUCCGGGCCGUGUAUCCACAGAAGUGGAUGCCAGGUUGUCCUUCGACAAGGAUGCCAUGGUGGUCCGUGCCAGGCGCCUCAUCGAGCUCUACCAGGAGGCCGGGAUCAGCAAGGACCAGGUCCUUAUAAAGCUGUCAUCCACCUGGGAAGGGAUUCAGGCCGGAAAGGAGCUGGAAGAGCAGCACGGCAUCCACUGCAACAUGACGCUGCUCUUCUCCUUUGCCCAGGCCGUGGCCUGCGCCGAGGCGGGGGUGACGCUCAUCUCCCCCUUCGUGGGGCGCAUCCUCGACUGGCACGUGGCCAACACAGACAAGAAGGCCUACGAGCCCCUGGAGGACCCCGGAGUGAAGAGCGUCACCAAGAUCUACAACUACUACAAGAAGUUUGGCUACAAGACCAUCGUCAUGGGCGCCUCCUUCCGCAACACCGGCGAGAUCAAGGCGCUGGCGGGCUGUGACUUCCUCACCAUCUCGCCCAAGCUGCUGGGGGAGCUGCUCAAGGACAACAGCAAGCUGGCACCCAUGCUGUCGGCCAAGGCGGCCCAGGCGAGCGACCUGGAGAAGGUGCACCUGGAUGAGAAGGCCUUCCGCUGGCUGCACAACGAAGACCAGAUGGCCGUGGAGAAGCUCUCGGACGGCAUCCGCAAGUUUGCUGCCGACGCCGUGAAGCUGGAGCGGGUGCUGAUGGAACGCAUGUUCGGCGCAGAGAACGGAAAGUAGCCCGGUGCCUGAGGCUGGAGGUGCCUGAGGCCGGAGCACGGAUCUGCACCACCUGAGGGGGCGAGGGAUAGGCCUGGCGAUGAAUUGUGCGUUUUUUACUGGUUGGAGCCCGGAUGGAUCCUAGAUUCUGUGUAAAAUUUUGCCUAACUCAUUAAAGCAAUCACUUU